AUGCUUUACAAAUUUGGUUUAGAAGCUUUCAAUGGAUCGAUUGUUACAUUGGCGACGAAUCGAUAUGAUCAAGAUGCUUCCAAUGCAAAUAAACCAUCGCAAACAUUUCAACGAAUCGGCUUACUUGUUGGUCUCAAUCAAGCAUUUCAAUGUGUCGGCUCCGUUCUUAUUGCACCAUUAGUUAGACGUUGGCCAACACGCACGGUUCUCUCUGGUUCAAUCGUUACUUUUGCUAUUUUUACAGCCAUUUUAAUGAUUAUUGAUGGUGCUACUGGUGGACACAUUAAGCCAGCAAAUUUUACACCGAAACAUAAGAAUGAUUUCAGUUAUUAUGGUCAUUACAAAACAGAUGUGAUCAUUGCGAUUUAUUGUGUUACUGGAAUCGCUUAUGGAAUGGUCGAAUUGAUUCGACGCAUCAUUCCGCGAGAUAUUGUUGGUGGUGAUGUAGAAAAAUUACAAAGGAUGGAUUCACUAGUUCACGUUUUCUAUGAAGUAUCAGGCACUGCUGGAGCUUUUGCAACUGCUCUCGGGCUGAUUCCUCGGCUAGGAAACAAUUAUGCAUUUAUCAUUACACCAAUUUGCUUCACGGCGAGUGGAAUCGUUUGGUUUUUUCUCGGCUCUUUGACAUUCUCUCGAGCUGAAAGUGAAGAAUCCGAUGAAAAAGAAUCGAAUUAUGUCAAAUCCAUUUUGAAGAAAAUUUUUCUCUUCGGAAAAUCGGUUUAUGUUGGUGGAAAACUUAUUUUUACGAAACGCAAAUUCAUUUGGCUGUGGAGUGGUUACUCAGUAGCACUCUACGCUCAUCGUUAUCUUGAAAAUGGUAUAGCUCCACAAGUAGCAAAACGGUAUAUGGAAGAUUCUGCCUGGUCACAAAUUAUUGUAGGUGGCUCAAAUUUUGGUGAAUUGAUAGGUGCAUUUGUCGUUUUCAUUUGUGCCAGUUUUGUUCGUACACCAAUGCCUUGGCUUCGCUUAGAUGCAAUUCUGCUAAUGAUUGUUUGUUUUAAUUUAACUGAAGCACGACAAGCGCUUUGUCCCAUAGUCGGUUAUCGAAAUUCUCAUUAUUGUCCAGGCAUAAAUGAAACUGUUGAUGGAAAAAUAAAGGCUCGAAUUACGCCUCUUCCAGCACUUCCACUACCACGAGGAGUAGGAAUGACUAUUGAUAUAAGUACAGGCUUUAUAACGUUACCUGCUCUUGAAUUAACUUAUUCCGACGGAGCUGAGAAUAAAUAG